GAACACAAGAGAAGCACUAACGACACGAGUAGUACUGAUCAGGGUCAGGGACCGUCCGUAGUUUCAGUCCCGCUCCCGCAGUCUGGUUCGUCUUCUCUUCUCCCCACCUGUCUCCACAAUUCCCCAUAGGAGGAGGGGGAGGUAGAGAAGCGCGAAUGGAGAGCAGGAACGUAGUGGUGUGCGACAAUGGUACCGGGUAUGUGAAGUGUGGCUUUGCUGGUGAGAACUUCCCUACAUCUGUGUUCCCUUGUGUUGUCGGACGACCGCUACUUCGCUAUGAGGAGUCACUUCAGGAACAAGAAUUGACGGAUAUUGUUGUUGGAGCAGCUUGUGCUGACUUGAGACAUCAACUUGAUGUAUCAUAUCCUGUUACCAAUGGCAUUGUUCAAAAUUGGGAUGACAUGGGCCAUAUCUGGGAUCAUGCCUUCUACAGUGAGCUCAAGGUUGAUCCAUCUGAGUGUAAAAUCCUACUGACAGAUCCACCACUCAAUCCCGUGAAAAACCGAGAAAAAAUGAUCGAGACAAUGUUCGAGAAAUAUAACUUUGCUGGGGUCUUCAUCCAGAUCCAAGCAGUUCUUUCACUGUAUGCUCAAGGCUUGCUAACUGGACUUGUGAUAGAUUCUGGUGAUGGUGUUACUCAUGUGGUGCCUGUAGUUGAUGGAUACUCUUAUCCACAUCUGACAAAGAGAAUGAAUGUAGCUGGAAGGCAUAUAACAUCUUAUCUUGUUGACCUACUCUCAAGGAGAGGGUAUGCUAUGAAUAAAUCUGCUGACUUUGAGACUGUCAGAGAAAUAAAAGAGAAGCUAUGUUAUAUAAGUUAUGAUUACAAACGAGAAUACCAGCUAGGACUUGAGACCACAAUCCUUGUGAAAAGUUACACUCUUCCAGAUGGAAGAGUUAUUAAAGUAGGCACUGAACGAUUUCAAGCUCCUGAAGCUCUUUUCACUCCUGAACUGAUAGAUGUUGAAGGUGAUGGGAUGGCGGAUAUGGCAUUCCGUUGCAUUCAGGAAAUGGAUAUUGACAACAGGAUGACGCUCUAUCAACAUAUUGUCUUAAGUGGAGGAAGUACCAUGUACCCUGGUCUGCCAAGUCGGUUGGAGAAAGAAAUUCUUGACCGUUAUCUUGAUGUAGUUUUGAAGGGAAACAAAGAUGGCCUAAAGAAAUUACGGCUGAGGAUAGAGGAUCCUCCUCGGAGAAAGCACAUGGUGUAUCUGGGAGGUGCAGUGCUUGCUGGGAUCAUGAAGGAUGCACCUGAGUUCUGGAUAACCAGGCAGGAGUACCAGGAAGAAGGUGUAGCGUGCCUAAGGAAGUGCGGGCAGUCAUAAGUCUUGCCACAUAUCAUCCACAGAAGAAAUGGAGGUUGCAUGUGUAAAGAAGAGCUCUGUUGUUGGUGUUGUGUAUUGUAGUGAGCUAUAGCUGUCCUGAACAUGCUUGGGGAUAAACCAUGUUUGUAUUGGCCUACUCAAUUUGACCUCUGUUAUUGAUCAUCCUUUUUAGAUAUGGAACAUGACGGCCACCUUUAUUUGUAUUU